CCUAGGUAAACUGAAGAUGUUGACUUGAGUUACAUGUCAGGAUAUUUGAAUUCAAUUGAUAGAAUAUAUUGAUACCUACAUAAUUAAUACCUGUGUGGAUUAGGUUUAUGUAGUUACUGAAAGUAACUCCAACAGUAACACGGCUUUAUACUCAAUCUUGUAUGUGACAAUACGUACCGCACCUUCUAUGCUACCUAGUAGGCGUUAUACCCCACCAUAUCCUAGGCAGAUACAAUAGACACCGCCCUAAAAGAUUUAGUACAUAAAUCGUAUCCUCUUCUUAAUCACCCACCAUUGAACCCUCUUUUUCCUUCCAAGUGUUUUGCCCCAAUCAAUUGGUAAGACAGGUUUGGAUUUUCUUGUUGAUCGCCGUUCACCAUGGACGCUGUCCUUCGCCAGUCUAAGGCCAUGUGCCCCUUCUUGAAGAAGGCCUCCCCCGCCACCCUCCGCGCUCUGUCUACCUCGACUCGUCCCCAAACUUCUCCAUGCGGUGGCACCAUCUCCAAGUUGCAGCUGCUCGGCCAGCGCUGUCCUGUCAUGGGCAAGGCGCUGGCCAUCCAGUCUGCUAGAGUUGGCAGGGCCCCAGUUAGUAGUGCUACUACUGUUGCGGCCGGAAUUCGUCACCAUUCCGUUUCGUCAAAGCCGGGUAGAGCCAGGAUCCAUACCACCCGCUCUCAAGAAGCUAGGGCUGUCGACACCUCUGUGUUCCCUCGCGAAUCAGUCCAAUUCCCACCAGCCGUCCACGUUAAUCGCAAAGCCAAUGCGCCUGGAGAACAUCGUGGCGCAAACGGAAAAUUCGAUUACAAUGGCUUCUAUCAGCGAGAGCUCGACAAGAAACACAAGGACAAGUCAUACCGUUACUUCAACAAUAUCAAUAGGCUGGCCAAGGAGUUCCCUCAGGCUCACGGGGCCAAGAGGGAGGAGCGGGUAACGGUGUGGUGUUCCAAUGACUAUCUGGGAAUGGGCCGGAACCCUCAGGUUUUGCAACAGAUGCACGAGACCCUUGACGAAUAUGGUGCCGGUGCAGGCGGGACGAGAAAUAUCUCCGGUCACAACAAACAUGCCGUUGAACUCGAGGGAACUAUAGCAAAGCUGCACUCUAAGGAGGCAGCUCUUGUCUUUAGUUCCUGUUACGUCGCUAACGAUGCGACUCUUGCGACCCUUGGGAGCAAGCUACCGGACUGUGUUAUUUUAUCCGACAGUCUGAAUCACGCAUCCAUGAUCCAGGGCAUUCGCCAUUCUGGAACCAACAAGAUCGUCUUCAAACAUAAUGAUUUAGAAGAUCUCGAAGCUAAAUUGGCUUCUCUGCCGAUCGAUGUUCCUAAGAUCAUCGCAUUCGAGUCCGUUUACAGCAUGUGCGGCUCAAUUGGCCCUAUUGAAGGGAUUUGUGAUCUCGCCGAUAAAUAUGGUGCUAUCACAUUCCUCGAUGAAGUUCACGCAGUCGGCAUGUAUGGGCCUAGCGGUGCCGGCGUUGCUGAGCAUCUUGAUUUCGAGGCCCACCGACAGGGCAAACCCCAAGGAACUAUUAUGGACCGGAUAGAUAUUAUAACCGGGACCCUUGGCAAGGCGUAUGGAUGUGUUGGUGGUUACAUUGCGGGAAGCGCAAAGCUCGUGGAUAUGAUUCGAUCCCUUGCUCCAGGCUUCAUUUUCACGACCUCUCUCCCACCGGCUACUAUGGCUGGUGCUAGAGCUGCCAUCGAAUAUCAGAUGGGUUAUAAUGGAGACAGAAGACUCCAGCAACUUCACACACGUGCUGUUAAAGAAGCAUUAGAUGCCAGGGACAUCCCCGUCAUUCCUAAUCCUUCACAUAUUGUUCCAAUUUUAGUCGGCAACGCUGAGCUUGCGAAACAAGCCUCAGAUAUGCUGCUAAACGAUUACCAGAUUUAUGUGCAGUCUAUUAACUACCCAACUGUACCGGUUGGUCAGGAGCGCUUAAGAAUCACUCCUACCCCAGGCCACACGAAGGAAUAUCGUGAUCAACUCGUCGACGCUGUCGAUGAGAUUUGGUCAAAACUUGGUAUCAAGCGGACCUCCGAGUGGGCGGCUGAAGGCGGCUUCAUUGGUGUUGGUGAAGCCGGGAUCGGCGCCCAGGAUCCUCUCUGGACUGAUGAACAACUCGGAAUCGAUCAAGAAGUCGCCAAGGAGAUCAAGAAGACAAAGCCAGCCAAUGGCUUCAUGGAAACUCUUCUCGAACGCGAGAACUUGGGUAAGGCCGUGAGCACUACCGCCUGAUUGCAAUCUUAAGUCUCACUGGAGACGGAUACACAUCGCAAAAGGGGAGCUCAUCGGACCUAAACCACGUUCUUUCGAGCGUAACGGGAGAUUUGACAAGACU